AUGUUCUCUAAAAUGGUAUCGAAACUCACGUCCCUGCAGCAGGAGCUCCUCAGCGCCCUGCUGGACUCAGGAGUCACCAGGGAGGUUCUGAUCCAGGCCCUGGACGACAUGGACCCGACCCCGCCGAGCUUCCACGGAGUCAAACUGGAGAGCCUGCCCAUGUCGCCCGCCGCGCCUCCUCCUGCCUCUCAGGGCGGCAAGAUGAACGGGGCGGACGGAGACUCCAAGCCCGUCUUCCACACGCUCACCAACGGACACAGCAAGGGCAAGAUGUCCGGGGACGAGGGCUCCGAGGACGGGGACGACUACGACACGCCGCCGAUCCUGAAGGAGCUCCAGUCGCUGAACACCGAGGAGGCCGCGGAGCAGAGGGCGGAGGUGGAGCGCAUGCUGGCAGAGGAUCCGUGGCGAGCUGCUCGUAUGAUCAAAGGUUACAUGCAGCAGCACAACAUUCCCCAGCGGGAGGUGGUGGACAUCACGGGGCUGAACCAGUCUCACCUCUCCCAGCACCUCAACAAAGGCACGCCCAUGAAAACCCAGAAGCGAGCGGCUCUCUACACCUGGUAUGUCAGGAAACAGCGGGAAAUUCUCCGACAAUUCAACCAGGCAGCGCAUGGUUCUUCCACCAGUAUGUCUGACAAAGGCAGUCAGGAUCCAGCGUUUUUCUACCCAGAGUUCAACUCGUCCAGUGCUGGUAUGGGCCAACCCGAUGAGGUCAGCAGCGAACCCCUCUGUAAGAAAAUGAGACGUAACCGCUUCAAAUGGGGGCCUGCGUCCCAGCAGAUCCUCUACCACGCCUAUGAACGUCAGAAGAAUCCCAGCAAGGAGGAGAGGGAGACGCUGGUAGAGGAGUGCAACAGAGCCGAGUGCCUCCAGAGAGGCGUCUCCCCCUCCAAAGCUCAGGGCCUCGGCUCUAAUCUGGUCACCGAAGUGAGAGUUUAUAACUGGUUCGCCAACCGGCGUAAAGAGGAAGCCUUCAGGCAGAAGUUGGCACAGGACGCCAUUACAGUUCCGCCACACCUCCUCAACCCGCUGCUGUCGCACAGCUCACCGCACCAUGCCCAAACCAGCGCUUCCCCUCCAAUGCGUUACAGCCAAGGGGAGGUCAGCUCCUCCAGCGCCAUCAGUCACCACAGCAGCAACGCCAUGGCGACCAGCCAGUCGGUGCUCCAGCAGGUGUCUCCGGGAGGACUGGACCACAGCCACAGUCUGCUGUCGCCCGACGCCAAGAUGAUUUCAGGUUCAGGUGGGGGACUUCCUCCAGUCAGCACGUUGACAAACAUCCACAGUUCCCAUCACAGCCACCAGCAGACACAGAACCUCAUCAUGCCUCUGUCUGGAGUCAUGGCCAUAGCACAGAGUUUAAACACAUCACAGUCUCAGACAGUGCCGGUGAUCAACAGUGUGGCUGGCAGCCUUGCAGCGCUCCAGCCGGUGCAGUUCUCCCAACAGCUCCACAGCCCCCACCAGUCGAGCCUGAUGCAUCAUUCGCCCAGCCACAUGAGCCAGCAGCCAUUCAUGGCGACAGUCACACACUCGCACAUGUAUUCCCACAAACAGGAGCCCCCUCAAUAUUCCCACCCGUCACGCUUCCCUCCAACCAUGGUGGUCACAGACGCUAACAGCCUCAGCACUCUAAGCUCCAUGUCCUCCGGCAAGACGGAUGCUCCUGUAAACAAGGUGGUGCAAGUUGGGGGUUUCUCCUUGUGUCCUCUUCAAGCCUGGUGAGAGCGUCCACCCGACUUCCUCGCUGCCCGGCAACCCGAGCGCAUUUUUCCUCCCUCUCGCUGCCGUAACCACGACGACCCUUAAAGACCCGCAGCCGCGUGCUGCAGACGACGGAUCGGUCAGCAAACACGGAGGAGUGACGACGGCAGGCAAGGAGGUGGAGAUGAGAAAUGGGGACAGAGGAGGAAAGAGGAGGGAGGAGGAAAUAAAAAUCACCUGCGGCACAAAAAUGAUCAACGAGGACGUCUGAUUCACAAACUUUGAAAACAGCCUUGAGUUGUUUCUGUUUUCACACGACAAAAGAACAAAAAGGCGCCGGGAUGAACUGCUCGGACCUGAAUAAAGGCUUCUGGGAUUUACGGCGGAAAUACGAAGACGCUAACAGAGACAGCGACUUGUAGGAGCGUCCUCCUCCUGGUGACAAUCACAUCAACUCUUAUUUGAUCUUGUACAUGCAUUACCGGGCUUUAAGCGAGUCUUCCAUGUUAUUCUUUCGUACUCGGUUUACUGCGAAUGAUGAUAUUUGGAGUUGUUCCGUGUGUACACUGUGAUUGAAAAGACUUCGACAAUCGUGAAAGGACUAUGCAACACGUGUGAGCAAUGCUUUGUAUAACUGGAUUCUGCACAAAAAACUCCACACACUCAAGGCUGGAAAUAAAUAUGCA